GCAGAAGAAGAAGCAGAAGAAGCAGAAGAAGAAGAAGAAGAAGAAGAAGCAGAAGAAGAAGAAGAAGAAGAAGCAGCAGCAGCAGCAGCAGCAGUCGGUCCUCCGGCCGGCAGGUGGCGGUAGUCCUUCCUGUCCGACAGCAGAAGAAGAAGCUACAACAACAGCCUCGGUCGCCAUCUUCUCUCUGCUCUGUUUUCAUGAUUGUUUCGCGUUUGAAUCAAACUUUCAUCAGGUAGUCUCUCUCUGAGCUGAGCGAGGAGGAGCACGUGAGAGCCGCUGCGAUGGCGGCCGACCGGCGCGAGGACAAAGAUGGAGAGUUGAACGUUCUGGAAGAUAUUCUGACUGAAGCUCCAGAUCAGGACGACGAGCUGUACAACCCCGAGACAGAACGAGCCGUCAGCGACAAGAAAGGAACAAAGAGGAAGAGUGAGCGCUCAGGCAGCCAGGAUGUGAAGAGGCUCCGCCCCUCUGCGGGCCACGCCCCCUCCAGGUCUUCCUCGACCAAUAAGAGAGCCCCGGGGCCACCUCUCUCCUCCUCUUCCUCCUCUAAGAAGGUGGCUUCCAGCCCCCGUGCUCGCCACCCUGCCACCGCCACUGCCAGCUACCGCCAUGAAUACUACGAUGAGCGAAAAGGGAGACGAGGAGGGCGGGAGGCGACCAGGAGCCGCGGGGGAGACGAGGUCCGACGCAGGGAGUCCCAGAGAGGCCUGGAGGCUCUCAGCCAGAAGCUGCGGCGGACGAGCCCCUCCCCCCAAGUGGAGGACAACCAAUCAGAGGGGGAGGCACCAGCGGAGUACGGCUCAGAGCCGGGCACGGGAAGCUCCUCCCUCGCCGGCUCCCACGUAGAGGAAGAGGAGGAGGAGGAGGAACAUGAAGAGGAAGACGAUGAGGACGAGGAGGGCAUGGAGGAAGAGGAGGAGGACGAGGAGGAGGAAGGAGAGAAGGAGGACGAGGAAGAGGACGAGGAGGAGGAGUACGAGCGUCGCGGCGAGGGAAACGAUUACGACACUCGCAGCGAGGCCGGGGACUCACGCUCCGCCUCCUCCGUCAGCUUCACGGACGACGGCGAGUCGGUGCACUCAGGCUCCGCCUCCGAGGCCUCAGGUUCAGAGAAGAAGCAGGAGAAGCUGUCAUCUUCUGUCCGAGCUGUUCGCAAAGGAAUGGAGAAUCCGACCAGUAAGUUACGUUACAUCCUGCGAGACGCUCGAUUCUUCCUCAUAAAGAGCAACAACCACGAAAACGUCUCUCUGGCUAAAGCUAAGGGCGUUUGGUCGACGCUGCCGGUGAACGAGAAGAAGCUGAACGCAGCGUUCCGAUCGGCUCGGAGCGUCGUCCUCGUCUUCUCCGUGAGGGAGAGCGGCAAAUUCCAAGGUUUUGCUCGUUUGUCGUCAGAGUCUCAUCACGGCGGUUCUCCGAUCCACUGGGUUCUUCCUGCCGGCAUGAACGCCAAGAUGCUGGGUGGAGUCUUCAAGAUCGACUGGCUCUGCAGGAGGGAGCUUCCGUUCACUAAAACUGCUCACCUGUCAAACCCCUGGAACGAACAUAAGCCGGUCAAAAUCGGACGUGACGGACAGGAGAUCCAACCGGACAUCGGUGCUCAACUCUGUGCCCUGUUCCCAUUGGACGAGAGUGUGGACGUCCACCAGGUGGCCCGCCGUGUUCGCCACAAGCGCCGGACGCCGUCGGAGCCGCGACCUCGGGGCCGACCGCCGCAACGCGAGCCGGGAAGGCGUCGUCCUGAAGAGUACGACCUCCACGGCAGGAAACGACCGCGAGCCGACGGUCCGCCCGACUUCAACCAGCGAGCAGGGUUCAUCCAGGACCUUCGGAACCAGCCGGUGGACAGACGAUUCUCCAGCGUGAGACGAGACGUGUUCCUCAACGGGUCCUAUAACGACUACAUGAGGGACUACCACCACAGCGUCGGUCCUCCUGCUCCCUGGCAGACUCUGGCGACUUACCCCGGCGUGGAGCAGCCGCCCCCACCACCCCCCUACUACCACCACAGCCCCCCGCCUCCUCCCCACCAGGCCUACCAUCAUCACCACCACCCCCCGCCGCCGCACGAGGCUCCGCCCCCUCGCUUCAGAGACAAGCAGCGUGCGCCGCAGCACCGCGCCUUCACCUCCAGUCCACACGACUACGACAUGCGCGUGGACGACUUCCUGCGGAGAACGCAGGCGGUGGUGAGCAGCCGGCGUGAGCGCGAGCGUCAGCGUGAACGUGAGCGAGGAGGACCGCGCCGCGAGAGAGAGCGAGAGCGAGGGAGGGACAGAGACAGAGAGAGAGAGAGGGACAAGGAGAGGGGGCGGUACCGCAGGUGAUCUGAUGAUGUCAUAUCCUGUCAGCCUGCAUGGGCUUUUAUUUUGACAGUCAUCUGUGUUUUUUGCUGGUUUCCUGUUUUUUGGGGGGAAUUAUGAAUAAAAAAUUAAACGAGCUACGUGAUGACAUCAUCAGCUGCAUCAUCACUUUUUAUGCGAAUAAAAUAUUGGAAAAAACCAAACAGUAAAAAUAUAAAUCUGGUGAGUUUGUCAAACAUUUAUUUUGAUGAUCUCGUGUAACAAAGGAAGUGACAUCACAGCGAAGGAACACGCGUGUGACACGGCUCCGUUAUACAUGUUCCUUCACUCAAUCACAUUGUGAUUUCUCUUGAACCUUCACUCUUCUUUUCCCAGAAUCCUCUCUGUGCAGCGUUUGAACGACAGGAAACUGUUUAUUUUUUAUUUUCAUGUAUUUUAUCUUCUUAGUUGAGAAGGUUCCCAACACGAGGGUCGAGGCCCUUCGAGGUGUCGGAGGAGUCACACGAUGACAAACAGGAAACAGAAACAUUUAUUUUAUUUUUUUCUCCAAUUUUAUUGUAAAAAGUUGGAAAAGAAAUUCUGAAAUAUCCUUCAAAAUAAAUGUGAUGAGAUAAAAAAACAUCUAGAACCUGUGAAGAAGAGAAGUUCAACUUCCUCCAGAUUUUUCUUUUUUUAUAGAUUUUUAAAAACAUUUUAGUUGAUAUGUUUUCUCUUUUUUUUAUGUUAAAUGUAAAUUUGCUACAGUUCAUUUAUUUAUUUUCAGGUGUUUUGUAUUUUACUUCCUGAACAGUGACUGUACUCUAAUCAUCAGUAUGAAGUGAAUCACAUUAUUAUUCUUUAUUUCUGUACGUUUUCGUCACAAAAACAAUAAAGUUUUCAGUUGUUUUUUUUACUCAGGAUCGACUCCUGUUUGUGACGACUCAUCAGCUAUUUGUUGUUGUUUUCAUAAAUUCAAUAACACCAUUUACUUUCUUCCUCUCUCUGAUUGGUUGUCACCCUGGUUACCGAACAUCCAGCUGAUCAGCUUCAUUGUGUGUUGAUCAGCCGCAGGUUGAACUGAUCUGUGUUCAAGUGUUAAAAGAAAGCUUGAAGAUUCAAACUUUAUUUGUUUCCUGUUUCUGAACGGAGGGGGCGGAGCUUGUUUUUGUACAAAAUAAAAAAUAUAAAA